AAAGUCGCCAAUAUUGGACCGGCUCUUUAAUUGGACCACCUCAAUUAAUCAGCUGUUAAACAUAACUAAUGAUUAUAACAUUCAUACAUUUGUUUAAAACCGUUUUAAAACGUCUUUGGAAUUAUCACAUAUUGUUAUCAAUCAUCGCUAUCAAUGUGAUAUCACUUAAUCCAAAAACCGUCAUUUUCAUGCUGUUUUUUUUAAAUAUUCCUUAAGCUUUUACAGUAAAAUAGACAUGGCUAAACGUGGAAAAUAUGGAAAAUGGUCAGAAGAAGAUCUACAACAUGCUAUCAGAGCAUAUAGUAACAACAUUUAUGGUCUCAAUCAGUGCCAAAGAGUAUAUGGUGUUCCAAAAGCUACAAUUAAGAGGCACUCCGACAAUAAAAAUAUAUUUGUUAAUGGACAGAAAAAAUUUGGUACACCAACUACGUUUAACAUAGACAUGGAAAAAGAAUUGGUUAGUCAUAUUUUAGCUUUAGACUCCUUAUUUUUUGGAUAUACUAUUACUGAUAUAAGAAAAUUAGCAUACGAUAUAGCAGAAAAGUAUUCUCUAAAUCACAAAUUUAAAAAGAGAAGAAAAUAGCAGGUAAAAAAUGGUUUUAUUUGUUUAUGAAACGAAAUCCAAAUAUAGUACUCAGACAACCUGAAGCAACAUCGAUGGCUAGAGCCAAAGGAUUUAACAAAGAAAAUGUUAUGAGCUUUUUUGACUUAUUGGAAAAAAUUGUAGACCAAAAUAAAUUAACUGCUAAUAGAGUUUUUAACGUUGACGAGUCAGGGUUUACAACAGUACAGAAGAAACCACAAAAAGUUAUCUCUCAAAAAGGCAAACGUUAUGUUGGGUCCAUAACUAGUGGAGAAAGGGGUAUUAAUACCACUAUUGUUUGCUGCACAAAUGCUGCUGGAUUUUAUAUUCCACCCAUGAUAAUUUUUAAAAGGAAACGUAAAGCGCCAGAAUUAGAAAUUGGUGCACCUUCAGGUAGUAUAGUUGAGAUUUCUGACACUGGAUACAUUAAUUCUGAACUAUUUGUAUCUUGGUUAAAACAUUUUCAUUCAUGUGUAAAAUCUACAAUUGAUGAGCCAGUUUUAUUAUUAUUGGAUGGACACACAACACACAGCAAAAAUUUGGAGGCAUUAAUAUUUGCUAAGGAACAUGGUAUCAUUUUAUUGCAACUACCUGGGCACACCACUCAUCGUUUACAACCUCUCGACGUUGCAUUUUUCAAACCAUUGGGAUUAUACUACAUACAAAGUCAAGAAAAGUGGUUAAGACAGAAUUAUGGUAAAACCAUUUCUCAAUACCAGGUUACAGGUUUGUUAAAUGAAGCGUAUGGUCGUGCAGCAACAAUAGGUACAGCUGAAAAUGGUUUCCGAGGCUCUGGAAUUUGGCCAGUAAAUAGACAUUUAUUUGAAGAUCAUCAUUUUAUUGUUUCAAAUAAUUUAAAUAGAUCUUCUACUCCUAAUGAGAAUGUAAGUGAAGACAUGGAAAAUGAUCAAGUGGAUUUAAACAGUAAAACAAAUGAUAUGGAAGAAAAUAAAAAUAUUACUGUCACUGAUAAUACUAUAAAUAGGUCUACAUUUUUGAAAGUAAUUGAAGAAAUCUCACCUAUACCCAAAACUCAAAGAGAUACUAAUGCAAAACCAAAAAAAUCUGCACAAAAGGCAGUUGUUUUAACAAGCAGUCCCUAUAAAAACUUACUAGAAAGCAGUAAAGCACAGCAAACAAUAAAAAAAGGACCACCAAAAAAAAAACUUUUUUCUGCAGCAAAAAUUGAUGGUGUUAAAACCAAAAAUAAAAAAAUUGAAAAAUCUAAGGAAUUAGAAAAGAAAAAGAUACUGAAUGAACAAGGAAGUCAACAUAAAAAGAAAAAAUUGAAAAAUAUACCAUCUACAUCAAAAAAUGUUGGUAAUGUUAGUUGGUACUGUCCUCUCUGUCAGGAAGAAAAAAUAAUUGAUAUGGUCAUGUGCAAAAAAUGUUCAAUAUGGUUUCAUGAAGAGUGUUUAGGAUUGAAUCGUGGUGACACAUUUGAAGAGUGUCAUUGGUGUACUGAAAAAAGUGACCAGUAAAAAUUACUACAGAUUCAAUAUUUAAAAUUAAAUAAAGACCAUGAUUACCUAUAUUUUAAAUUUAUUAGGUAUAAAGACUUACCUAAUUAUAACUUAAGACUGAAAAUAUUAAUUUUGUAAAAUGAUUGAUUUUAAACUAGUCAGUAAAGUAGUGACUGAUAACUUUUAAAUUGUUUUUUAUUAUAUUAUUCUAAAAAUGUUGUUUAUUUUUUAAAUUUAACCAAGAAGGUAUAAAAAUGUUGUUUAUUUUAUAAAAAUUACUAGUCAGUAUGGUAUGACUGAUAACUUUUAAAUUGUACUUAUUAUUUUAUUAUUCUAAAAUUGUUUUUUAUUAUAUUAUUCUAAAAAUGUUGUUUAUUU